GAACGUAAGCUCUCUCUCUCUCUCUCUCUCUCUCUCUCUCUCUCCAUUUCUUACUCUGUGCCUAAAAGCUUUAAACUUUCCAUUGUUUUAGACAUUUUCUCUGGAAACGCAGAGAGUUUCUUUGGUAUUAAAUUCAGAAUUCUUACAAGUUUCUGGUAAGAAGAGCUUUUGAAGAGCUUCGAACCGGUUUGGAAGAAUGGAUGAUGCAAGAAACCACCACCAUCACCAUCAUCAUGACCAUCUGGGCGUGAAUAAGAUGAGAAGAAACAUUCGCAAAGCUCCAUCCCAACAGCAACAGCAACAGCAACAGCAGCCUCAGGCUUUGGUGUAUAACAUAAACAAGAGCGAUUUCAGGACAAUCGUUCAGCAGUUAACCGGCUCCGGCUCAACUUCAACGGUCGUUCCACCUCCCGAAAACCCACCAAAACCACCCAAUUCACGCUUGGUUAAAGUUAGGCCGGCCCCGUUGACCCAAGUGAACCGUCCUCCACCACCGGUUCAACCGGGCCUCUCAUCCCCUAAACCGGUUCAACCGCACAACCCGUUUCAGGUCAACGUCGCCGAGUCCCCCAUCUCGGCGUACAUGCGUUACCUAACCCAGCCGAGUCCGGUUCAAUACCCAAACCCCAAUGGAAUCCCGGUCCAACCGCAUCAAACCGAUCCAACAUGUAUUAAAUCCCCAGCAUCGCAAUUUAUUUGGCCGCAACCGCGAUCGCCGCUCCCAUUGAUAUCGCCGAAUAUCGCGUUCUCGCCGCGGAUUUUGGGCGGCGGCCCACAAUCUCCGUCUUCGAGUGGUCUCUUUUUUCCCCUAUUCAGCCCUACAUGGACGACUCAUUAGUCCACAAUAAUAUUAAUAAUUGAUAUGUUCAGUAAUUGGAAUAAUUUGUUUUGUUUUAUGGAUGAUUUUUCUUUGUAGAUGUCUUUUUUUUUAUAUAAUAUUAGAUGUGUUCUUUUUUUUUUUUGGUUAAAUAUUAGAUGUGUUCUUACUUCUUAGUUGUUGUUGUAUGUAACUUUAUACGAUAAUUAGUGUUUCAUUUGAGACAAUAA